GGAGAGUAGAGUGCACGCCAGUACCUUGGUUACAGUGCCGACAGUACCUCCUACCUCAGUGCCUUCCGGGACGGGCGCCGCCUGCAACACAGGCCAUCACCUCCAAAGAAAGGGACCUCCAGCUUUACUUUCACUUGACUCUGGAACAUUGUCUCAUUCCUCAUCGUACCAUCUCCAGCGCCCUUCUCACAUCGGGCUGCAACCCCCAUCUCGCCGGCCCGUGACACACUCGUUGGCAUUAUCCCAUACGAAGCAUCCUACAGAAAGGCACUCUCCGACCGCACAGCAGCCGAGGAGCCACCGCUGCGGUAAUUCCAGAACUGGAACCCAUCGAACCGCUCAAUUUCCCGUGCCAACUGCCUGCGAUCCCGCCGUCCCCCGUCCUCACUCCAUCGAUCGAUUAAUCACUCCUGCCACCAACUUUCCCGUCUGCGUUCGACAAUCAGCGCCGGCCAACCACCCCUUUCCUCCCUCGCCAUUGUCGCAUGUGGCAUACCUGCCCUCACUCGUCGUCCGCAGGCUCGCCCAUUGCUGUCGCUGUUAAUUCGCAGUGGACGACACACCCGCCAGUUGCAUACCGAUAUCCAUUGCACGGCAUCACGACUGCGCGCGACAAACUUCCAGGCUCGCCUGCGACAAUACUACUCUCGGCGCAGCCGGUCGGGACCUGAUUGUCCGGCUCUCACCGGGAAAGAGAUCCAUUCCUCUGCCGCAAAACCAUCCGCCUCCCCAGAUCACACACGUGAUAACUCCCAGACCCUACCGCCAAGAUGUCCAAGGUGCUGAGGGGCGUCAAAAAUGUCACCAAGGGAUACUCAGGUGUCCAGAUUAAAGUGCGCGAGGCGACGAGCAAUGACCCAUGGGGCCCCACGGGGACUCAGAUGAGCGAGAUCGCCCAGCUCACCUUUAACUCGUCAACUGAGUUCUACGAGAUUAUGGACAUGCUAGACAAGAGGUUGAACGAUAAAGGCAAGAACUGGAGGCACGUUCUGAAGGCACUGAAGGUUCUCGACUACUGCCUCCACGAGGGCUCCGAGCUGGUGGUCACAUGGGCGAAGCAGAACGUCUACAUCAUCAAGACCCUCCGCGAGUUCAUGUACACUGAUGAGGAGGGCAGAGAUGUCGGUCAAAACAUCCGCGUAGCAGCAAAGGAGCUGACGUCCUUGCUGCUGGACGAGGAGCGCUUGCGGGCUGAGCGUAGUGAUCGCAGAACGUGGAAGUCUCGUGUCACAGGCCUCGAAGAAUAUGGCUCGAACUCCCACGAAACACCACCAAGCCGCCGUGAGCGUCGCCCACGGCCGAUGAACGACGAGGAGGACGCCGAGUACAAGCUAGCUCUAGAGGCCAGCAAAUACCAGGAGGAAGAGGACAGGAGGAGGCGUGAGGGCCGCCCCGGCCAGGACACAGAGGACGACGACCUUGCGAAGGCUAUCAAAUUGAGCAAGGAAGAGGAAGAGGCGCGCCGACGAGCUUUGGAGGAGCAGAACGCCCAAUCACUGUUUGACGACACUCCCACGCAGACUCAACCCCAGCAGACUGGAUGGAACCAAGGGUACCAGCAGGGCAGCGGGGUUGACUUUUUCGGAAACCCUAUUGACCAGAGCCAGUUGCAGCCACAGCCCACGGGGUUCAUGCCAAACGCAUAUACUGGCUUCCAGACACAGCCCACUGGGUACCAGAACGGCUUCUCAAACGGUUUCGGCCAGCCUCAGCCAACCGGAUUCGAUGCCUUUGGCCAACAAAACAUGCAACAGCAGCCGUUCCAACCUCAACCGACUGGCUACAACCCAUAUGCGCAGCAGCAGCAACUCCAGCCACAGCAGACGGAGUCACCCCUGCAAGCAGGGAGCAACAACCCUUGGGCGACGAACCAAAGUACGGGUCUGUCGGCAAUGGCCCCGAUGAAGACAGGCUCCAACAACCCAUUUGCGCAGCAAUCAUCUUCACCCUUCAACAGGCCUGGGCCGUCCAAGAUGCCAUCAAUGUCGGUCUUAAACCCGCUUCCAGAGCAAAAGACGCUGUCAGCCUUCAACCAGCUACCCACAUCUUUCACUCCACCGCCGAAGUCAUCUCCGGCACCGUCCAAGCCGAUGAGCGAGCACGAGGCGAGGCUCAAUGCGCUCCUCUCCAGCGGCGAGGGCCAAGACACCUUCGGCAAUACCGGCGAGACCAGGAUACCGGCGCAACAUACAGCGCCGGGGACGUUCGUCAACAGUGCAGGGGCGGGCGCCAACAAGUUGACGGCCGAGGCGACGGGCAACAACCCAUUCCUCCGACAGCAGUUCACGGGCAUGCCGACCGUGUCGUACGGGGCCACGGGCCCCGGGGGCAUGGGCAUGGGCGGCGGCUUUGGCGCGCCGGGCUCGAGCAACCCCUUCGGCGCGAGGCCGCAGCAGCAGCAGGCUAACCAGGGAGAUCUGAUCCAGUUCUGAGGUGGACCAAUGAGUGGGCGAUUGGAAUAAAGGGAAGCAGGCUGGCAAGGAUUCGUUUGACCGACGAGCAGGAAGAAAGAAGGAGAGAAUUCGCGCGCGCGUAUCUGUCUGCGUGUCUGUCUCCAUCGUAGGAAAUUGGUGUGUUGUGUUCUCUCCCCUUGGGUGGCGCCUUGCGUUGCUGGGUUGGGCUUGAGUGCGAAAGGUUUUUUUCUUUAUGAAGAUAUAUCCCCUCGGAGGUCCCUAGGUAGCAUUCAUAAAUCAUUAUUGUUUCUGUUGGCA